UUAUAUAUUCAACCAUUCAAAAACUGGUUUUAAUGCCAGGCGAUGGUUUUGAAUAGCCAUUUUUGAUUGGUUUGAAUACGAUAGAAAAACUGGAUGUUUUUUAAUAGCUUGGUAAAUAUAUGAUAUGCUUUUUGUCUCUAAUCCUUCUAUCAGAUUAAAGUGUGGCUUUUUCGAAGCGUUGCAGAUAUAUGAUUUGUAUGCAAUUUAAAAUAUUUAAACCGCGUUGUUAUAUUGUGCACCUUGUUACCAUAAUACGCUCGUCCGUAUGAGGCUGAAGUGUACUUUGUUCUGUGGAAAACGGACGAAAACGCUUUUUUCGACAUCGUGAAAUUUGACUUCUGCCUGAUCAAUGGACAGUUUCAAUGACAGUGAUAAAGACAGUUGCCGGUCUUCCUCAAGUGUUGCUUCCAGCAGUUCCAGACCUUCAUCAUCUGGAAAAUCACCCAGAUUUCUUACCCUGAAGCCAUGCAGCUCACUCGUAUUUUUCCCGCCUUCAGAAUCUAAAACAGGCAAUGACCUGUACGACGAUCCAGACUUCAAAAAACUUCUUCAGACUGGCAAAAUGCAGCUGGAAGACGAAAAAGAAGUGGAAAUCAGUGCCGAUGAUAUAAUCACUGGGUCACAACUUGGAUCCGGUCAGUACGGCCAGGUGUUCAAAUGUCAUGUGAACAAGUUUCCUCAAUUCAGUUUGGCAUAUAAAUCUAUCAGGUUAGACCCGGAGCCUCGGAAGAAGAAACUGAUAUUGGCGGAACUGGAAGCGACAAGGAAGGUAAAGAAUCACGCUUAUGCUGUGCAGACAUUCUGUGCAAUCACAUUUGAGACGAAUCUCUGGUUCAUCAUGGAGCUCAUGGAUUUCUCUCUGAAUGAUUUGAUCAAAGAGAGAAAUAAGUAUGAGAGUGAAAAGGGGACUGGCAAUGAGGUGACGGUACCUGAGUCAGUGGUAAGAUUAGUGGCCUAUGCUUGUGUGCAGUGCUUGAGCUAUUUGAGUUCUCUCAAAAUCAUACACAGGGACGUGAAACCUGCCAACAUUCUUAUCAGGUGGGGCACUGGCGAAGUGAAAGUGGGCGACUUCGGCAUCAGUGGACGACUGAUGAAUAGCAUGGCCCACACAGAGAUAUUCCAGAUUCAUUACGUAUCCCCAGAAAGACUCCAGAUUGAUGCUCCACCAAGCAACAACAGUCGUAGUAACAGAACUAGUAUACCGGACUCGGCAGAGACCAGUCACUCUACUCCCUCUGCGGACAAAAGGAGGACCUACACUGUGAAAAAUGACAUAUGGGCAGUGGGUGUGACAUGCUAUGAAUUUGUCACUGGGCGGAACCCAUUCAACGUGCAAGACAGACUUUUCGACACUCUGACCAGGAUACGAGAAUAUGACCCCCCUGAAUUAAGUUCACUGCCCAACAUAGAAGCAUCUCAGGAUCUGAGCAGUUUUGUUGCCAGCUGCCUCAUAAAAGAUCCCGAGGAGAGACCCAAAUACAGUCAGCUGAAACAGACACCGUUCUUCAAAUCUUUCAACGAGGACACAGAUCCUCAAUCAUUAACUGAAUAUUGUCGAAAGUUCAGAAUUUGUAGCUCAUAAUUACUUAAGUUAGACCAUUUUUCUGAAUUUAAACUAUUUUAAUCACA